AUGGAAACCCAAACUCCGGAUUAUUACUACUUUGAGACACAAAACACCACCGACUUUUCAUUUGAUAAUGAGGGUUGUUCCAUUACAAGCUUCCAUGGCUCCCACAUUUUCCUACCCCUGAUAUAUUAUCUUAUAUUUUUCACAGGCUUUUGGGGCAAUAUCUUUGUAAUCUCAGUGGUGCUGACCAAAGGAAAAAGAAGUGGUCGUCUGGUGGACACCUUUGUUGUCAACUUGGCUCUGGCUGACCUAAUUUUUGUCGUCACGCUGCCACUUUGGGCCAUCUCUGCCAGCCAGGACAACAUCUGGGACUUUGGACUGGCAAGUGAUUUACUUUGCAGGCUGAGCAGCUACGUUAUUUCGGUGAAUCGCUUUUCCAACAUCUUUUUUCUGACCUGCAUGAGCAUCGAUCGGUACCUGGCCAUAGUGAAAAUGAUGGAUUCAAAGUACCUCAGGAGCAGUGGGUGCAUCCGUGCCACUUGUGUUAUUCUCUGGUCAGUCUCCCUGGUGCUUGGUGUCCCGUCUCUUAUCUACCGAAAAGUGGAUGACAAUAAGUACUGUACAGAAAAUACCAGCUCUGCUUUUUUUCUUGGCAUGAGUCUGAUGAUGGUGCUGCUCACCUUUGUUUUCCCGGUAUUAAUCAUCAUACUCUGCUAUGGCACCAUCAUUAUGCACCUCAACAAGCACUGUUCUGCUGCUGGAAAUCCUCGAGCCAAUGCUCGUCGCAGACACUCUCUCAAAAUGGUCCUCUGCAUCAUAGUGGUUUUUGUGGUGUCCUGGCUCCCUUACAACAUUUUCAAAUCCAUUACAAUAAUGUCAAAGCUUUCCAAAGCUGAUCUCAGUUGUGAUGUUUCAUCUUUGCAAUAUAAUGGGCUCCGCAUCUCCUGCUGCUUAGCCUUCCUCAACAGCUGCAUGAAUCCAGUCAUCUACUUUUUCUUGGAUCAUCACUUCAGACGGCAGGCUGGGGCUCUGUACCAGGGUUGUGCUGGAAAACAAAAACUGCUGCAGGGUUUCAAUUCUUCAGCUUCGUUCACCAACGGCGGCACAACCGAGAGCUAUGCAACAAGUGGUGGGCGAACUCACCUCAAGAUGUUGCAGUAG